AUGGGCAGCGCGGAGCAUACGAACGAGCGGACAUGUGGCGGUGAUGGGUUUGUGGAUGCGCGUGGAGCGCUGGUCAUUCCGCCUGGGAGCGAGUACAAGCAGCAGUACGCGCAUCUCAAGGUCAAGGCGGUUGUUGGCGCGGCGACGAUUGUGAGUGUGCUGGAGCUCUCGGAGGAGAUGGAGGAUGUGGUGCUUAUUGGGACGCUGUUCAAGUGUAUGCCCAAGAAGCACACCAUUCUGGACGAGUACGUCAAGGAGGCGUGGGUUGCGCCGCCGACCAUCGCGGCGUCGUACGCGUCGGCCGACGACUCGCUCAUCUUGGAAGACGACUCUGGCCGGGUUAAUCUCACCGGGUCCAAGGAGGUGCUGCGUGUGGGCACAGUUGUGACGGGCGUGGUUGUGGGCGUCCGCGGCGGGCUCAACGCGGAUGGCGAGUUUGAGGUGACACAAGUGUACUACCCGGGCACGGAUGCUGUGCCGCGUGUUGUGCCUGUCAGCGACGAGUCUGCGCCGGACAAGAUGAUGCUUCUUGUGUCUGACCUGGGCAUUGGGGCGAACGAUAGUUCGAGUCAGCUGGCGCGGGAUCUGCUGAUGGACUGGGUGGCUGGGGCGGUGGGCGACGGGCCUGAGGUUGGCCUUGCUGCUGCUGUGGAGCGUGUUGUGAUUGCGGGCAAUGCGUUGGCAGCAGGUGACGCGCCUGAGACACGCAAGGUGAACCAGGCGCCGCGGUUGGCGAUGGAUGCGAUUUCCGAGCUGGAUGCGUUUGUGGCAGGCAUCGCGGCGUGUGUGCCCGUGGUGGUCAUGUCGGGCGGGAACGACCCGACCAACUUUUUCCACCCGCUGCAAGCGCUCCAUCGGUCGCUUCUGCCGAAGGCUGGGCGGUUUGAGACGCUGACGCUUGCGCCGUCGCCGUAUGCGUUUGAUCUGGGGGACAUUCGUGUGGCUGGCGAGUGUGGCGACGCGAUCAACGACGUGCGGCGGUAUGUCGAUGCCGAGACGGCUGGCGAUCCGGCGGGGCUGGUGAGCUCGAUUGUCCAGUGGCGGCACACGGCGCCGACGGCGCCGGAGACCCUGGCUGCGUACCCGUUCAAGGACAACGACCCGUUUAUCCUGGACGAGGUGCCGAAUGUGUACUUUGCUGGCGCGCAGCCGCAGUUUGGAGUGACCGGUGCGGCAUGCAAUGCGGGAGCGAGCACAUGUGUUGCCGUCCCGUCGUUCCGGACGACGCACACAGCGGUGCUGGUUGCGCUCACUGCCGCCGGGGCAGUGCACUCUGUGACGCCGCUCAAGUUCGAGGUCAACGCACAGGAGUAAAGACUAGCCUAGCCGG